AGUUCUGCCAUCCUAGAGGCCUGGCUUCUUCAAUUUCUGGUGGCUCACAAACUUGACAUGUGUGAAGUGACACUGGCCGGCGACGAGCAUCGCACAACCAAGGUGCCGCAGGCUCCAGCGGUCAUCCGUGUUGAUAAAGAUGGCUGUGUUCCCUCCUCGAAUCCCCCUUCCCACCCCAACUUCCAAGCCUCCUGAAGGUCGUUGUCGCUCUUUUUUACUCCCAAACACCACAGGGGUGCUUGUCACUUCCGGCCUCGGCCCAACCUAUCCGCUCAUUAGUUUCUUCGUCACUCCUUCAGUAUGUUGUUUUCGCGUUAUUAUGGUGCUGGCCUGGCUGCCCUCUGGGCCGUGGUUAGCUCUGCAAGCCCCACACCGGUGGACGUAAUGGUCGGUAAACCAGAGAAUGACUUGGUUUUCCGGGAGGCGCUGGAGUUGGCGCGCCAGCCGCGGCUGGACAAGAGACUCUCAGCGGACUUCGACAUGGAGAAGGCAUGGAAGAACGAAGUUCUCUUCGCUGGAUCCUGGGUCAGCGUCGGUGAUGCCGGGGAUGUGGAGAGGGUUUCACUUGCAGUCACUUGUGUCGACUGUUACACCAAGGGCACUGUCGUUGCCAAGCUGACGGAUGAGAAUAUCAUUGAUCCCACUGUCCGGCUCGAGUUCAAAGGGGUCGAAGCUUAUGUGGAUAUGGAGCUUGCCGUUUCUGCCGGCGCUUCUUAUGCAAUCAACCUGUUCGCCUCCAACUCGCCCAUCGGUCUGGGCUUCCCCGGGCUCAGUGUUGGGGUCGUCUUCUACGUGGACUUGGUCUUCAGCUUGACCGAACAGAUCGACCUUGAGGGCGGCUUCUACGUCAAACUCGCCGACGAUGCUUAUUUGGAAGCGAGCGUAUUUGGUGGAGAUAUCACUGAUCAUUUCUUUGAUGGACUCAGCAGCAAGUCCCUUCCGGUCACCGUCAAAGCGGGACGGGCCACCUUCAAGGCCGACCUGCGUCUCCGCGUGCAAUGCGGUGCUGAAGCGGAGUUUUUCGGGAUCGGAGCCGGUGCCGAGCUGGGUAUCUAUGCCAACAUUAUCGAGUUUGUUGCCGUUUUGGAUUCCACCCCUACCUGUGCGCUCCAGAGCACGGAGUGGUGGGAUCUCAACGUUGGCGCGUUCGCUCACUUUGACGUCGUCGUCGAUUACAAGACCAUCGGCGCUAUUCCCACCGUCUCCACGACUUUGCUCACUGCUCCUACCCUCACCCAAUGCUGGAUCAGCGAAUCGGCGGCUGAGACGGGAAGCUAUCUCACGCAAACAGCUGACACAAACACCGUUCCUGUCGCCUCUGAGGUGGUUUCCGUCUCUGUCUCAUCUCCGUUCGAAAGCGGCCCCACGGAGGGGCUGACGACCUUCAACAGCCCGACCGUCACAACUGCGCCCUCUGCUUCUCCGACUGGGUCCUCAUCUCCCACCUUCAGGUACCCCGGUGCCAAUUCGUCGACAUCUGCUGGCGGCGAUGACCUGGUCACUUCAACAGUCUCUACGACUACAGUCUAUACGAUCACAAGCUGCGCCGCUAGCGUUGUGAACUGCCCAGCCUCGUAUCAGAGCGAGAUCCUUGUCACCCAGACGGUCGACAUCUACACGACAGUCUGCCCAGCUUCCGCCAACAUCACCUUGCCAGCCACGCCCAGCAGCACCGCGAUUGCGGAGCCAACCGCGGCGGCGGCCGUCGUCCACAUCAUCACCGACGUCGUCGUCCUCGUCCCGUGCGCCACGCCGGUGGUCGAGACGUUCGCGCCGCCGAGCUCCAUCGCACCGCCCGUGGUGCACCAGGCCGCGGCCACAGCGACGGUCGGCACGAGCCCCUCGUCCUCUGCCGGCGCGACACCGCCGUCGUUUGUGGGCGGGAUUGGGGUGAAGGCCGGGUCGUGGAACAAUGGUACUUCUUCGUAUGCUACUUCUUCCUCUGCCUACGGUACUGGGGCGCCGAGUGCAUCCUGGGUGCAGACGACGGCGGCACCGGUCACGACGGCCGUUGCGGCUGGGGCUGCUGGGCGGGCCGCUGCUGGGGGAUUGGCUGUUGCGGCUGGGGCUGUGGUAGCUUGGAUUAUGUUGUAAGGUGGGGGAUUCGGGAAUUCCCAUAGGUGCACUUGGUUGGAUGUUGUAAGGUUUGUUUGAAUGGAGUAGAUCUGAUACCCAAAAAUAGCCCAUCCCAGCUCCUGCCAACUAUUCAUCAUACCGGGCUACCAUAGUACACGUAGGUGUCUUCGUAAGCCAACCGACAAUCACAGGGUUCUGUAAGCGCCUCCCUCCCAAUAAUUAAUUGCCCGUGACUGCUGGGGACG